AUGCCCCUGUGGAUGGAAAAUUCUGGAUCUCGAUGCUUUAAGUUUUUCUCCACGUCUGUUAACUGGAACACAGCAGAGAAAAACUGUCAAAGUCUUGGUGCGAAUCUUGCUUCGGUGCAUAAGAAAGCAGACAAUAUUUUUCUGCUGAGUUUGGUUCCUGCUUCCACGCGCUGCUGGAUUGGUGGUCAUGGUGGUGAACAAGAUGGACAGUGGUUGUGGACUGAUGGAUCUAGGUUUAGUUAUACCAACUGGUGCUCAGGAGAGCCUAGUAAGGGGAACGAGAACUGCUUGGAGAUCAAUUGGACAUCAAAGCGUUGCUGGAACAAUCUGGGCUGUUCAACCGCAUUGGGCUAUUUGUGUGCUAAAAAACUGUGAUUGAAUGCAGUCAUCCUGUUACAGUUGCCUGUACUGCUCACUUUACAGUGUUGAGAAUAACUUCAACUGAAUAUCCUAAUACCUUCUCUGUAUCCCCAAUAAAACCAAAGUAA